AGGCCCUGAGAUGACAUCUCAAUUCUCAGCUGUGGAGUUUGUAGUUGAGAUUUUCCAUAUUCUGUGAGAAGAAAGAGAGAGAGAGCGCCAUGGCCUCCUCUUCCAAGAAACCCAAACAAGAGAACUCGAAGAAGAAGGAGAAGAGCAACAAAACCGCUCCCAAAGAGACAAAGAAACCCAUUAAAAAACCAGAGAAGAAAGCAAGUAUAUCCCCAAAAGCCAACAAAUCAAAGCCAAAGCCAGACAAAAGUAGAAAGAAGAGCGGCAAUGGAACUCCGGUCAAGUCCCAGGUUAUUCCCGACCCAUCAUCGAACGAGAACAAGACCCACAAGAAUGUUAAACCCAACAACAAGAGGAAACCAAAGGAAAAAAUAGAAGAAAAUGGAGGAGGAGAAGAAGUAACCGUGUGCAAGUUUCCAAUGCAGAGAAUCAAGAGGAUAAUCAAGACUGAAGAUUCCAGCAUGGCUAUUUCUCAAGAUGUUGUUUUCCUUGUUAACAAAGCCUCGGAAAUGUUCCUUGAAAAAUUUAGCGAAGACGGAUACAAAUGCUCGGUGAAGGAUCGAAAGAAAUCGCUUAGCUACAAACACCUAGCAUCAGUUGUUCAUGAACGGAAGAGAUACGACUUCCUAUCAGAUUACGUCCCACAGAAAAUAAAAGCUGAGGAUGCAUUAAAAGAGAUGAAUUCAACUGAGAAUGGGGAAGGAUAAGACCAUGGGAACCGAGACAA